AGGUAUUGAACCUACCUAAUACAUGGAUUCGUAUGAUUUUGGUUAGUAUGUGGGCUUGCCUGGCCAGCUUGCGUUGCAGCCCCCUGCAGCAUGCCAUUGAAGCCUCCAGCAUAUUGCCGCAGGUGUCACCUUGAUUCGUACUUAAACGGGUGUUGGCACCACACCAAUCCACCGCUAGGACCAGCCCAAUGCACUCGACAUUGUCGACAAGCCCGCCAUGAGCCGGAUCCGCGAUGAGGACGACGAGGAGCUCGACGAGAGCUUCCAGCACGCCGACAUCCCCAACACCUUCCGCGAGCUUCGCGCCUGCAUGACGUGCUCCCUCAUCAAGACCUUCACGCAGUUCUACGACACGGGCUGCGAGAACUGCGCCUUCCUGCAGAUGGCCGACAACCGCCAACGCGUGGCAGAGUGCACCUCGGCCUACUUCGAAGGCAUGAUCGCUAUGAUGCAGCCCAAGGAGAGUUGGGUCGCCAAGUGGCAGCGCAUUGUGCGCUUGAUCCCGGGGAUCUAUGCUGUGUCCGUGUCGGGAGAGCUGCCGGACUCGAUCAAGCGGUUCCUGGAAGACAGGAACAUCCCGUAUCGUGUGCAGAACUAGGUUUCCCACUGUCGCCUCGGCGUUUUACGAGCUGAACAAGAUAGUUUACUUACUUGACUGACGCAUCCCAUCGCUCAUAUAGUGGCUAGCUUCACAACAUUUAAUGUGGCUCUGAUCUUACAGUGAUAGUGCUGCUGAUUGUGGUAACGAGGUACAUC